AUGGCCUCCUUCCUUCCGGUCAACAACUCGGCCACGACCGACAACCACACGAUGGACGGUGCGACCACUCCCCGUGCGAAUGGCAACGGGGUGCCACCUGCCUCGGACAGAUCUUCCCCCGCGGAGCCACCCCCGGACGGCCCUGCGAAGUCGAGCCGAGGGAAUGAUGGCCCCGCGCGGCCAUCACUAUCGGGACACUCGAGGACGACCUCGGCCAUGUCGGACGACACGAUGGAUAUUGACUCGGAAGGGGAUCGGGACGGGUCCGACCACGAGACGGAACCGGGCAGCGCGCCCCCGUCGAAGAAAAAGAAAGGCCAGCGGUUUUUCUGCACCGACUUUCCUCCUUGCAACCUCAGUUUCACUCGCAGCGAGCAUCUGGCCCGACACAUCCGAAAGCAUACCGGUGAACGACCCUUCCAAUGCCACUGCUCGCGACGCUUCUCUCGACUCGAUAACCUGCGGCAACAUGCGCAGACGGUGCAUGUCAAUGAGGAGAUUCCCGGCGAUUCGCUGGCGGCCACGGGCACUCGCUUCCAGCGCCAGGUGCGUACGGAUCGCGUGCGCCCGCCUGGCCGGGCUCGAGCCGGGACGGGAGGCAGCCAGGGAGCCCACAGCCGAGGCCACAGCAGAAACUUGUCGACUUCGAGUAUCACAUCGACGACGUCCACCUUCAGUCAACCCCCGGAGCUGCGGCGACGACCCCCGCCAUUGAUUAUGGCCAACGACCCCACUGGCCGGGCUCGAUUAGGGCUAGAUCCGAUGGGAGAGCCCCCGAGUACGCCGCCCAGCCAGAUUCGAGGAAUUCCAGGCCCCCAAGCCGCAGGCUCGCCGUAUACUCCCUCCAACGUCUUCUCGGCUGGUCCCGCGGCCAGCCCGCAGUACACAUCGCCCAUGUCAGCCGCUCCCCAUGGCUUCUGGGAGGGCAAGACCGCCGCUCGUCGACUGUCGGUCCCCACCAGCAGCAAUCCCUUUCUGGCCCAGCAUGGAAACACAUAUCCUCCGCCGUAUGGCUCGCCCGCCGCCCCUCCCUACCCCGGGGCCGCGGGUGUGUUUGCGAGCCCAACCAGCAGCAACUAUCCUGCCUCGCGGGACGAGGGCGCCCUCAGCGCUGCCGAGGCGGACAUGCGGAGGCGCACCUGGCAUCCAUCGACAUAUCCUGCAUUUGGCCGGCCCUCGACCAGUGGCCUGAGCCAUUACCAUACCCCGGAUACCGUCCAGACUCCUUCCUUUGGGGGAGGCAGCAACGCUGCGGAGCAACCGCCUCGGCUGCCUGGCAUUGAGAGCUUCGACAAAGUGGUCUCCCGACCGCUGACUCCUCCCACCCGCAAACCGAGCCCCAUGCAGAUCGACAGCCACAGUCACCGCCGGCCUCCACCCCCCCCUAAUCACAGCUUUGGAUCGGGCUUCACCUACGGAGCACCGUCCGUGCGCCCUGCUCCUCCCAUUUCAGGCCCCGGCCACCGCCGCGGCCAUGUGUCGUGGGACAUGUCUCUGCACCAUAACCUCACGGGCCUUGAUAUUCGGGACCGACGACCGUCUCGGGACGCCAGCCAGUGGAGCCAGCAGACAAUUGCCGAGCUCCAGAACGUCUCGUCCCGCCCCUCGUCCUCCUACCAGCCGACGUUCCCCCCGACUGCGGAACGGAGCCCGGAAAUCCAGCGGGGUCACGCCCCGAGCCUGUCAACGAGUAGCCGCCCGGCGCACGCGUCUCCCGAGGAUUCCAGCAGCAGCGAGGGGGUUCACACCCCAUCCACCGCCUCGGUUGAGUACCACCCCGCCAUUGUACACAGCAGCGGGUAUAUUGAAUCGCACGAGCCGUCAUUGCCAUCCGACCAUCCUCAACCGAUCUGUGGUCGACAAGCCUCUCAGGCCGACGGCUACUCGGGUCAUGCCGAGCAAGAGCCCCGGACCGAUCUCUUUUCUGCCUCUUCUGCGCGGGAUACCGGCAUGGGCCGCCUCGAGGCUUUGGUUGCUGUCGCAACGAGCGAGAACAAAGGGGCAGCACGAUUGUUCCUGUAA